AUGUCGUCGUCGUCGUCAUCAUCGUCUUCGUCGUCACUGUCAAAAUCAUCUUCAACAGGUAUUAAUGGUGGGACAAAUUGCAUAUUACACCCUGUUUCCAAAUUGGAUACGCUAGCCGGUGUCGCCAUCAAAUACGGCGUCGAGGUGGCAGAUAUAAAACGGAUAAAUGGGUUGGUGACAGAUAUUCAAAUGUUUGCUCUAAAGACACUUGAAAUACCAUUGCCAGGACGGCAUCCCCCUUCCCCCAGCUUGUCCAAUGACCUCGACACUCAACGACCUAGCAGCUCUGAGCAGACACCAUCAUGCCGUAGGCACUCUGAUUUGUUCGAUUCAUUUCAGUCACUGAAAUCUUCUUCCCAGCGAAAAGUUUCUCCAGCUAUGCGCAGCUUACAAGGUUAUUACGGUCUGAAGCCAGAAGAUCAGAAAACUGAAGCAGAAGGUAUUGAAAUGUCUGUGUAUCGAAGAGGUGCUCAGUAUCUAGAGGACGGACCAUCUUCAAAACCUUCACCUAUUUUUAACUCUUCACUAAGUAAUCAUAGAAAAUCAGAUAGCGAUCUGGCCAAUCGGGCAUUGCCUCAAGAAGUCGAAGAUAGUGACUCAGAUAAAUGGAUCGAGAAGUUGGUGAGAAGGCGUCAAAAAUCUGAGGCAGACUUCACUUCACGCACCCCAGAAAUGCUACUAGAAGAUAACAACGCUAGUGGGGGAUUUUCAACCAUUACAGGCAAAGGCUUGGCUCUCAGACCAAAGUCAGCCGGUCGAACUUCCUCUGGAGUAGAUGUUGAAGCAAGUGGGAUGAACCAAAGAGCAAUAGCAUUGGGGGAUGCUUUUCUAGCUGACAGUAUCAGCGGUGUAAGGAAGUCAUCAAGCGCGUCAUGUUUGCAGGAUCCAGAUAACAACACGAUAUCAUCCAUGUGGCCUGCAACGAUGUGGAGUCUGAAGCCCGACUUUCAGGCUCUUUCUACUGUUUCCAUUACUAGACCCAUCUUUGAUGGUCUACCUAAGCCAAAUGGUCGAAGAAACAAAGCUGCUGUUGAUUAG